AUGUCUACAUCAGUCUCUAAAAUUGUGAAAAUCAACGAGGAUGUCAAUCUUCACUUCAGCCAGACGAAUCCCGCAGGAGUUGAUGUUAUGAAGGUUCCGACUUUAAUCUUUCUCCAUUUCUGGGGCGGGUCGGCUGACACUUGGUCAUCAGUUGUCCGCGCCUUGUCUCCUUUAUUCCCAACUGUUGCGCUGAGCUUUCGUGGCUGGGGUGCUUCUUCGGGACCUGCCGAAGCUGGGGCUUAUAGCAUUAGUCAUUUGGCCUCAGAUGUUGAAGCCGUCAUUCAGAGCCUUGGAUUGACAAACGUCAUCUUGGUUGGUCACUCCAUGGGCGGCAAGGUUGCAGCUGCGAUUGCUGGGCGGCGUCGUCUUCCACCAACCGUUUUGAAAGCCUUAAUCAUGGUCGCACCCGCCCCUCCAGGGCCCCUUUUUCUACCUUCAGACAUGAAAGAACAACAGAUUAGUGCCUAUGACAGUACCUCAAAUGCGGAAGCGGUUAUUCGAACCGUCCUUACUGCGCCAGGAAGCCCAGCCCUGACAGAUGCCGUGGUGAGGGAUUUGGCCGGCGAUAUGGUCCGUGGUAAUAAGUUUGCAAAGUCUGCGUGGCCUCAUUAUGGUUCCGCGGAAGAUAUUCGGCCCCUAUUUCAUCUUAUUGAGGUUCCAGUUUUGGUAGUGGCCGGGAAGAGCGAUGUUAUUGAAUCGCCUGAAAAGAUGAUUACUGAAGUUCAGGAGGACCUAAAUAGCAGGCGAAAUGGCCAGGCGAAGCUUGUCAUUAUUGAAGAAUCCGGCCAUUUGCUGCCUAUUGAAAAGCCCGAUGAGGUUGCGUCUGCGAUCGAAGAGUUUGUCCAAGCCCUAUAA